CAGAAAUGUAAUAAAUAAUAAUAUCCUUCCUUCCUUCCUAUUUAGAAAUAGAAAGAAACAAGAGGAGGAGGAGAUAAAGGAGAAAGUAAGUAAGUAUGUCUGAGAUUGUAGAUUCCGGCAACAAAGAGUCCACCUUCGCACACACUGUUAAUCUCCUCAGUCACUACUUGAAGGAAAACGGUAUGGGUUCAAGGGGGGCAAAGGAGAAUCGAAUGACCAUCAUCUAUGGGGGGCAGGUGGUGGUGGUGGAUGAUUUCCCAGCCGACAGGGCUAAGGAAAUCAUGAUGUUGGCUAGAAGAAGAGGAAAUACGCCCGCUGAUUGGAUCCGAAAACAUUCCGCACACAACGAUUUAGCCGUUGCUGCUGCUGCUGCUGAUCUUCCACUGGCGAGAAAGGCUUCCCUCGCCCGGUUCUUGGAGAAGAGAAAAGAGAGAAUCACGGCUAGAGCAGCAGCUGCUGCUGCAUCUGAAUAUGAUGAUGAGUCUCCUUCAAAGCAAAGCAAGCCAGCUUGGAUCGAUCUACUUAAUUAAUUAAUGUUAUUAGAUGUGUUGUUGUUGUUAUAUUCGUAAUUGGUAGCAAGUACAUCACCGAUUAAUGAUCCAAGACUCCUAAUCGUUUGUUUGUUUUAUCUAUCCAUGCCCGGUGGUUGGUUAUAAGUUAUAACUACCUAGCUUCUUUGUUUCACGGACCCCCUCCUGCUACCAUAACCCUUUUUUUCUCUUUUCUUUUUUGUGUAUCGUCCUAUAAAUAAACACAACUUGUCCAUGUGA